UUUUAAAUGCCGCUACUGGUGUUAAGAAGAAAUUAUCACAGUUAUUAGUAAAGCACAGACAAGCCUUUCACCAGUUUCAAUUUCAUGGUUUUAAUUACUGAAGUCUCUUCUUCUUCUUCUUCUUCUUCUUCUUCUGAAAAGUGGAAAUAUGAUGCAUUCCUUAGUUUUCGUGGUGACGACAUCCGCAAUAGUUUUAUCAGUCAUAUGUAUAAAGGGUUGUGUCAGGAAGGAAUCAACACCUUUAAGGAUGACCGAGAACUUGAGAAAGGGCAAAGUAUUUCUCAAGCACUUCCUAAAGCAAUAGGAGAAUCCAGAGUCUUAAUUAUCAUUUUCUCCAAAAAUUAUGCUUCUUCAACAUGGUGUUUAGAUGAACUUGUAGAAAUUCUUCAAUGCAAGAAAGCUGGGAGGCAAACUGUUUUGCCAAUUUUUUAUGAUGUGACACCAUCUCAAGUGCGAAAACAGCUUGGGAAUUUUGAAGAAGCAUUUGCUGUCCAUGAAGAACGUUUCAGGGAGAAUAUUGAGAAAGUGCAACGCUGGAGAGCUGCAAUGACAGAAGUAGCUGAUCUCUCGGGAUGGGAUUUGCAAGAUAGGGAUGAGUCAGAUUUUAUUCAUGAGAUUGUCAAAGACAUAAUUAGCAAGUUGGGACGAUCUGGUACUGACAUAACCAAGGGUCUCGUUGGAAUGGAAUCAAGAUUAGAGAAAAUGAGAUCCUACAUGGAUAUAGGGCAAUCAAAUAAGGUUAAAAUUAUUGGUGUUUGGGGGAUGGGAGGAAUCGGUAAAACAACUAUUACUAGUGUUGUCUACAAGCAAAUGUAUUCUCAAUUUGACGGUAGUAGUUUUCUUGAAGAUGUUAGAGAAACUUCAAAAGCACAUAACGGUUUAGCUUCUUUGCAAAGCAAACUUUUAUCAGCAAUCUUGAAUAGGGAUUUAAAAGUAUAUGAUGUUUACAAGGGAACAGACGAGAUAAGAAAGAGGCUAUAUCAUAAAAAGGUUUUGAUCAUUCUGGAUGAUGUUGAUGAAUUGCAGCAACUAGAGUGUUUAAUUGGAAAGAGAGAUGAAAACUGGUUUGGUGUGGGAACUAGAAUCAUCAUAACAACUAGAAAUAAACAUUUAUUGGCCCAACAUGGAGUAGAUAAUGAAUACAUGGUUGAGAAAUUGGGUCAUAUGGAAGCCGUUGAACUCUUUCAUUUGAAAGCCUUUAAGAAUGAUUGCCCAACAAAAGAAUAUGUGGAGUUGUCUGACCAAUUUGUAAUGCAUGCAAGUGGCCUCCCGUUAGCUCUUAGUGUUUUAGGUUCACACUUGUAUGCUAAAUCAAUUAAAGAAUGGAAGAGUGCAUUGGAUAGACUGAAAAAAAUUCCUAACGAAGAAAUUAUCAGAAAACUUCAAAUAAGUUUUGAUGGGUUGGAUGAGAUAGAUAAGAAAAUUUUCCUAGACAUAGCAUGUUUUUUCAGUGGAAUGGCGGAAGAUUAUGUGAGAAGAAUAUUGGAUAGUUGUGGAUUCUACCCGGACAGUGGAAUAGAAGAACUCAUCAACAAAUCUCUAAUAACUGUUUCAUACAAAAGAGUGCAUAUGCAUGAUUUGCUUCGAAAAAUGGGUCAAGAAAUUGUUCGUCGCGAAUCUCGUAAGGAGCUCGGACGACGCAGUAGGAUAUGGCUUCGUGAGGAUUUCUAUCAUGUAUUGAUGAAAGAUACGGGAUCGCAAGAAAUUGAAGGCAUAGUCUUGGAUUUAUCUGAUAAAAAGGCAAAAUUGAUCAGUGCUAAAGGUUUCUCUAGGAUGAACUAUCUAAGAUUGCUCAUUCUCCGAAAUGCGAGCAUUUUUCAUGGCCUUGAAUAUCUUUCAAAUGAAUUAAGAUAUCUAGAAUGGCAUGAUUUUCCUUUCAAAUCCUUGCCAUCAGCUUUUCAACCAAAUAAACUUGUUGAGCUCCACAUGCAACACAGCAACUUGAAACAUUUGUGGAAAGCAAUAAAACCUAUAAAGUCACUGAAGAUCAUUGAUCUUAGUUACUCUAUAAAUUUAGCGAAGACCCCAGACUUUACAAAGUUCCCGAACCUUGAGGAGUUGAAUUUUCAAGGCUGUACAAGACUGUCCAAGGUGCACCAAUCCUUGGAAGUACUAAAAAGCUUGGUUUCAUUGAACUUGCAAGACUGCAAAAACCUUGUGAUUCUUCCUGAUGGCAUGUGGAAUUUGAAAUCCCUCAAGAUUCUCAAUGUGGGUGGCUGCGUAAAGCUUUUCAAAUGGAUAGGAUUUGGCACAAGACAAAUUCCAAUGGCUAAAAUAAGGGAAUUUCUUUUUCCUACUUGGUUGCAGCGUGCUAAAAGGAAUCAAACUCCCCAGGCUUUGGGCUUGACAACUUGGCCUUUUCUGAAGGAUUUGAAUUUGAGUUGCUGCAGCAUUUCAGAAGGAGUAAUUCCAAAUGAUUUGAGGUGCUUCCCGUUGCUGGAAAAACUAAAUUUAAGUGGAAACCCUCUUUUGAGCAUUCCUUCGAGCAUCGGUCAACUUUCUAAACUUAUAGCUCUUGAUUUUUCUAAUUGCACGAGACUUGAGUCAUUGCCUGCUCUUCCGCCAAAUACAGUAGAACUAUGUUUUGAAAAUUGCACUUCAUUGCAAACACUUCCAGAUCUAGUUCAACUUUAUACACUUAUAAAUCUUAAUUUAUUUAAUUGCACAAGACUUGAGUCAAUGCCUGAUCUUCCAUCGAGAGUUAUAUAUGUAGAUAUGGAAAAUUGCACUGCAUUGGAAACACUUCCCAAUCUAUUUGAAAAACAUUGUGUGUGGAAGAAAUUUCACAUGAAUUUCUUGAAUUGCUUCAAAUUGAAUUACUGUCAAAGUAAAAUUAAUGUGGCAUUUACCUGGCUGAGAAGUUACUUGCUUUCGUUAUAUGAAAUUCGGAAGCUACUAAAGAUAGAACAAGAAGAGUUCGAAGAAAUUUGCCAUCAGGAAGGCAUUGAUCCAUCAUCUGAGCUCCCUAAGUUCAAAGCAGAGACUGAGUUGAGAAUAAAACUUAACGAAAAUUGGUGGAUGAGAAAUUACUUGCUCUUGUUAUAUGAAAUUCGGAAGAUAGAACAAAGUUUCCAAAAUGAAGAAGAGUUUCAAGUAAUUCGCCAUCAGGAAGACAUUCUUCCAUCAUCCAUGCUCUAUGAGUUCACCAUAUUCUUACCCGGAAGUGUAAUUCCUGAUUGGUUCAAGUAUCAGACAGAGGAGAGUAAGUUGAGAAUAGAACUACCUCCAAAUGAAAAUUGGUGGAAUAUUGCGGGUUUUACAUUUUGUGCCAUUGUUGGAGAGAAAAAUGCUGGUGAAAAUAUUACUUGGUUCAUUAGUGUCCGUCGAAAAAGUGGGCCUGCUAAGCAUUGGAGUAGCGGUGUUUUUCUGCCUGAAUCUUCUCGAGUCACAUUGAAUCACCUUAGCCUUUUCCUCGUAGGGAAUCACAUUCUAGAUCAAAAGAGGGAAUGCAGUCCAACUGAAUUAUUGCUUACUUUCAAGCCAGAAAAUAAAAUCAAGAAGUGCGGACUCCGUAUAGUAUACGAGGAAGAAAUAGAAGAGAUGAUACGGUUAAACAAAGCACUAGAAGAUUUGGGUGAAGUUGAGGAAGAGGAAGAUUCUCAUAAAGAAGCAAAGAGAGAGGAAAUCAUAAGCCAAGUGGAGAAGAUAAGUCCAUUGUUUGUUGAGAGGGACGACUCUCCAUAAAGUGGCUUCUAAAUGAUUGAGUUGCUGUAAGCCUGUAUUUUAAUAUUAUUCUACUUUGGGUUCUUUUUCAUGUUGUAAUUGUUCAAUGUAUAUAUGAUACUGUUACUUGAUUCACUUAUGUAGACACAUCUUUCAUCUUCUAUACUCCGCUUUUCAAUC